AUGUCUAUGGAGAUGCCGACGGGUUUAUUCCAGUUCCCGGUUACCAAAUUAUGUAUGAUUAGUACCGGUGCUGUUGCGCUAGCUGCAUCUGUUUCAAAUUGUAAAUAUCUCUUUAUUGCCAAAUAUGAUCCAUUUAUUUCACAAUAUCACCAAUACUAUAGACUAGCAAUAUUCCAACUGGGUUGCAUUAACGAAACGGAUGUCGCACUUAUUAUUCUAAUAUGGUAUCAGUUCAGAAGUUUGGAAAGGCUUAUGGGAUCCUAUAAAUAUCUCAGCAUAUUGUCCCUAGCAUUUAUUUACACAACUUUUUCUCUGGCAGGUCUGAACAUAUUAUUGAACAAGCUUCUACCUUGGAAAAUAUGGAAUAGUCUAUCGACAGGCUCACUGCCGCUUGUACUGUCUAUGUUUCAUUUUUUUAAAGAGUAUACCCCCGAAAUAUACCAGUUUCAGGUCCUGCUCGCCCAACCCUGGUCCAAAAAAGCAAAUAAAAAGCAGCACGUAUGGCAUUUGAAUGAUCAAUUUCUCGUAAAUACGCUCAUUGCGUUACUUUUGCUUAACCAAGGACUGGUAGGUAUCACAUGUGGUUUUAUAAGUUGGUUAUGCGGUGUAUUCAUAGAUAAGGGUCUAUUUCCUGGUAUUGAACGUUGGAGACUGCCGUUAGUCAAAAAGUUCUUUACACAUGAUAGUCAUGCGUCAAGAGACGUUGCCAGAGAUAACUACAGGGAAAGUAGUGAUGUAGGAGAGGAAAUCAACGCUCCUAUAAGAAGAUACGAUACGGCUGAGGCUGGUAAUACCAAUUCUGAUGCUCUACCGUUGGAUGACGAAAAUGCCAAUGAUGAACCACAACGCUCGUUAGGAGUGCAAUUUUUAGACACAUUCAGGCGCUAG